UAGCGCAUGCGCCAUCGUAGGCUGGCGCCCCGCCCCCACGCAGCCGCUCGGGCAGGCGGAGGUGGCGGCUGGCGCUCGGCAGGGUUGCAUAUGAUGAGGCUUUUAUUAUGGCCAGUGACCCCUUGGAAGGCUUCCAUGAAGUGAACCUAGCUUCGCCCACUACACCAGAUCUUCUUGGAGUAUGUGAGUCAGGGACUCAAGAACAAACUACCUCUCCCAGCGUUAUCUAUCGGCCCCACCCAUCUGCUGUGUGCUCCCCACCUAUUCAACCCAAUGCAUUAAAUGUUUCUGAUCUUCCCACACAACCUGUUUAUUCAUCUCCCAGGCAUUUAAAUUGCGGAGAAACAUCAGGUAUCAGCAUCAAUGUUACCGACACAGUACCUUGUUCUACCUCUGGACCCCAGAGUGGGUCAUUCAAUCACAAUAAUUCCAGAAAGGAGAGCAAUAAUGCAGAGAGAGAGUUUUUGCAGGGUGCUACAGUAACAGAUGUUCCUGAAGGGACUGAAGAUAUUUUUGGUCUGAGUACAGACAGUCUGUCUCACUUACGGAGCCCAUCUGUACUGGAAGUAAGAGAGAAGGGCUAUGAAAGACUGAAAGAAGAACUUGCGAAAGCUCAAAGGGAGCUGAAGUUAAAAGAUGAAGAAUGUGAAAGGCUUUCUAAAGUGCGAGAUCAACUUGGACAGGAAUUGGAAGAACUUACAGCUAGUCUGUUUGAGGAAGCGCACAAAAUGGUGAGAGAGGCUAAUGUCAAGCAAGCCACUGCAGAAAAACAAUUAAAAGAAGCACAGGGAAAGAUUGAUGUUCUUCAAGCUGAAGUAGCAGCUUUGAAAACACUAGUACUGUCCACUUCACCAACGUCACCAACUAAAGAGCUUCAGUCUAGUGGAAAAGCUCCCUUUAAAAAAGGACAUGCAAGAAACAAAAGCACUAGCAGUGCAAUUGGUGGCAGUCAUCAGGAUCUGACUAUGGUUCAACCCAUUGUAAAAGAUUGCAAAGAGGCAGACUUAUCUCUGUAUAACGAAUUCAGAUCCUGGAAGGAUGAACCAACUAUGGACAGGGCAUCUCCUUUUUUAGACAAAAUCUAUCGGGAAGAUAUCUUUCCAUGUCUAACCUUCUCAAAAAGUGAGCUAGCUUCAGCUGUUCUGGAGGCUGUGGAAAAUAACACCCUGAGCAUUGAACCAGUUGGCUUGCAACCUGUUCGAUUUGUGAAGGCUUCUGCAGUUGAAUGUGGGGGACCAAAGAAAUGUGCUCUCAGUGGACAAAGUAAGUCAUGCAAACAUAGAAUCAAGUUAGGUGAUUCAAGCAGCUAUUACUACAUUUCUCCUUUUUGCCGAUAUAGAAUCACUUCUGUGUGCAACUUCUUUACCUACAUUCGGUACAUCCAGCAAGGACUUGUAAAGCAGCAGGACGUGGAUCAGAUGUUUUGGGAAGUUAUGCAGCUGAGAAAAGAGAUGUCACUGGCAAAACUUGGAUAUUACAAGGAAGAGGUCUAACUCCCUACCAUCUGGUGCAUGCAUGAACUUCAGUGAAUACACAUAACUCUAAAUUGGCUCUCUCUUUUUUUUGUCAUUUGAUAUUUAUUUCCAAGAAGUGGGUCCAAGAUCUUUCUCCUUUUGCAAAUUGCACUAAGAAGUUACUGUGAUUUUGUUUUAAACUGACCUAUGCUGUGUAUGCUUACAUAACAUUUUAGUUGAACAAAAUGUGGCAAGCACUUGCGGGUGUAUUAGUGAUUUGUAAUUUACAGUUGAAAACAAAACCUCUGAUUAAAUAAAUGUUAGAUUGAAAAUAA